AUGACGGGCCUGAUGGCCAUCUCCUCCCCAACCCUCUCUUCUUCCCAACUUCACUCCUCCCUCCGUGGCUUCCGCCCUCCUCCCCACCCUCUCUGGCUCCGUGCCCGCCCUUCUGUCCCUGGUCCCCGCUCUUCCCGCGGUCUUCGUGUUUCCGCUACCGCCGCACUCUCCGUCGAGCAGGAGACUCGAGUUCAGCACAAUGAUUCAAUGGACCUCCAGUUGCUUGCAUGCCCAAUUUGCUAUGAACCAUUAAUAAGAAAAGGACCUGCAGGUUUAAAUGUGCCAUCCAUAUACAGGUCCGGAUUUAAGUGUCAGAAAUGCAAUAAGUCAUUCACCAGUAAAGAUGUUUAUUUGGAUCUAACUAUCACUUCAGGAACAACAGAGUACAGCGAGUUCAAGCCUGCUAGGACUGAGUUGUUUAGGAGUCCACUUGUUUCAUUUCUUUAUGAAAGAGGAUGGCGUCAAAACUUCAACCGAAGUGGCUUUCCAGGUCUUGAUGAAGAGUUCAACAUGGCUCAAGAAUACUUCAAGCCUGUCGCAGGCGGUUUGCUUGUAGAUGUUAGCUGUGGGAGUGGCUUGUUUUCAAGAAAAUUUGCAAAAUCUGGAUCUUUUUCUGCUGUUGUCGCACUAGAUUUUUCUGAGAAUAUGCUUCGUCAAUGCUAUGAGUUCAUCAAGCAAGAUGAUACUCUAAUAACAACAAACCUUGCUCUUGUAAGGGCAGAUGUAUCAAGGCUUCCCUUUGCAUCAGGUUCUAUUGAUGCCGUUCAUGCUGGUGCAGCUUUGCAUUGCUGGCCUUCACCUUCCAAUGCGGUUGCUGAGAUAAGUCGGGUUUUAAGAAGUGGUGGUGUCUUUGUCGCAACAACGUUUCUGGUAUCUCCUCUGAAUACUCCAUUACCUUUAGAAGCAUUUCAGUCUCUAAGACAGUCAUUCGGCCAAGUGACCAACAGCUACAACUACUUCACCGAGAAAGAAAUCGAAGACUUGUGCAGAUCCUGUGGCCUCGUCAAUUAUACAAGCACUGUGCGGAGGUCCUUUAUCAUGUUUUCUGCACAGAAACCAUAACAAAAGUGUUGUGAUUCUGCCACUCCUCAGAAGAUUUGUUCACAAAUAAUACCAAUGCUAGAGAAGAAAUAUACAGAUACUAUCUGCAGAAAAAGGAGUCCUCACCAUCUAAUGUUGUGUAUUUAUAGAGUUCUGUAUGGAACUCAUGGAAUUAUCUGUGUAUCACUAACUUAUGUUAGACAUCAUCUUCAAAUGUUGCAUGGAUAUUAUAGUCUUCAAAUGUGCCAACUUCAUUCCUUGUAAA